UCCUAGCGCUGACGGGCCUCUGCGGCGUCUGUGUGCCCGAGACGGCGGAGCGGAGCAGGCCGGUGCCGGGGAGGGUCAGGACGGGAAGAGACGCGGAGGGAAGACGGGUAGCGCGCGACCUCCGGAGGGUUCAGGCCCGGGUCUGUAUGGAGAAACGGGGUGAAGGAUUUGAUGGUCUGAAGGUGGAUCCGUUUCAUUACCACAAAAGUCCAUCAACAUUUUGAUGUUUUUUAUUUCGUUUGUGUUGGUUUUAAAUGCAUCGAUAUCAGGCCUGUAGUGAGUUUUUAUUUGACCAUGCCUCUCGAUCUGGAUUGUGACGCAGCGGCAAAGAAAACGAGUCCAGAGGUGGAACAGGAAACGUGUGACAUCACACAGGAAGAUAAAGUGAUGGAAACACCGCCGCGGAGAGUCGGACGACCCGCUCGGAAACGCAAAGCACCGGUAGUGGAUAGUUGUGGGCGUGUGACUGAGGGUGUGGCCUGUAUGAAACAGGCAGGGUGUAACGGCGAAACAGAGCGCCGGGUUUCGCAGAAAAACCUUGAACAACGGAAUGACUCCUCCCCUGACUCCACCCACCGGAAUGGCAUAGACACGCCCCCUGGACAAGAUCAGGACUCCACCCCUUCUACCCAGCGGAAAAAACGAGGGCGACGGAAACUUGUGCACUUGGAGAGACAUAUAGAGGACGAUGGCAGCAGCAGUGACACCAGCAGAGGAGAGAGUGACGGGGGCAGACAGAGGGGCCGUCAGGGCUGGGACAUUAGUCUGAGGAGACGACCCGUACAAAGAGAGACCUUUCAGGCCGGAGACCCAUAUCACAUCAGUCGCAAAGAGAAAGAGGAGUGGCUCGCCCGCUGGAGGAAAGAGAAGGAGGAGAAGUCGGACCUGGGACACACCUUGAGUGACACCAUGGAUGACCAAUCAGCAGCGGAUUCUCAAAAAGAUGAGGAGGAGCCAGCCAUUAACCUUCCAUCCACGGCCACACCCCAGCAGCAGCAGCACACUGACCCCGCCUCGCCAACGGUUGCCACGACGCCCGAACCGCCUCCAGUCGCCUGUGGUAACAAAGUCAUGGCGAGAUCUUCAGAAAUGGACCUUGAAUAUGAGGACGGUCGUGGGUUUGGGAUCGGAGAACUGGUCUGGGGAAAGCUACGAGGCUUCUCCUGGUGGCCCGGGCGAAUCGUGUCGUGGUGGAUGACGGGUCGCAGUCGAGCCGCUGAAGCCACCCGCUGGGUCAUGUGGUUUGGAGAUGGCAAAUUCUCAGUGGUGUGUGUGGAAAAGCUGUUGCCCUUGAGUACGUUUUGCACGUCAUUUCAUCAGCCCACCUACAACAAACAGCCCAUGUACAGAAAAGCCAUUUAUGAAGUUUUACAGACGGCGAGUACGCGUGCAGGUAAGCCCUUUCCCGUCUGCGUGUCCACGGAUGACUCGGAGUCUGGGAAGAGUGUGGAACUGCAGACGAGGCAGAUGAUUGAAUGGGCCAGCGGCGGGUUUCUACCCACCGGUGCCAAAGGACUCGAGCCUCCACCAGCGGAGCGCAGUCCUUAUACUGAGGUUUAUCCAGAGAUGUGGGUGGAGCCAGAGGCUGCUGCAUACACGGCUCCGCCCCCUGCCAAGAAACCCAGGAAGAACAGCGUCGAGAACAAACAGCCUAAAAUUAAAGAGAUUAUAGAUGAGGGCACACGGGAGAGACUGAUUUACGAGAUCAGACAGAAGUGUCGCAACAUUGAAGAUGUCUGCAUUUCCUGUGGAAGUCUGAACGUGUCAUUAGAGCAUCCUCUUUUUUUUGGAGCGAUGUGCCAGAGCUGCAAGAACUGCUUUCUGGAGUGUGCGUAUCAGUACGAUGAUGAUGGGUAUCAGUCGUACUGCACCAUCUGCUGUGGAGGAAGAGAAGUGCUCAUGUGUGGGAACAACAACUGCUGCAGGUGUUUCUGUGUGGAGUGUGUAGAUCUGCUCGUCGGUGCCGGUUCUGCGCAGGCGGCUAUUCAAGAAGAUCCCUGGAACUGCUACAUGUGUAGCAGCAGGAACGUCUUGGGCCUGUUGAGACGCAGAGAUGAUUGGACUUCACGACUGCAGCUGUUCUUCGCCAACAACCACGACCAGGACUUUGAGCCACCAAAGUUGUAUCCACCAGUAGCGGCAGAGAAGAGACAGCCAGUCAGAGUGCUCUCUUUAUUUGAUGGCAUUGCUACAGGGCUGCUGGUGUUAAGGGAUCUGGGCAUUCAGGUGGAUCGGUACGUGGCAUCAGAGGUGUGCGAAGACUCCAUCACAGUCGGGAUGGUUCGACACCAGGGGCGAAUCACGUAUGUGGGAGAUGUGAGGAACGUCACACGCAAACAUAUUCAGGAGUGGGGUCCUUUUGAUCUUGUGAUUGGUGGAAGUCCUUGUAAUGAUCUGUCUAUUGUCAACCCUGCCAGGAAAGGCCUUUACGAGGGGACAGGACGGCUGUUUUUUGAGUUUUAUCGCCUGCUACAUGAAGCUCGGCCUAAGGAUGGAGAUGAUCGACCGUUCUUCUGGCUCUUUGAAAAUGUUGUUGCAAUGGGAGUCAGUGACAAAAGAGAUAUCUCACGCUUUUUGGAGUGUAAUCCAGUGAUGAUCGAUGCUAAAGAGGUGUCAGCAGCGCACCGUGCUCGAUACUUCUGGGGAAACUUACCUGGAAUGAGCAGGCCUCUGUCUGCUAUGGUGAAUGAUAAGCUUGACCUGCAGGACUGUCUGGAACAUGGACGCACAGCUAAGUUUGGUAAAGUGCGAACCAUCACAACUCGCUCAAACUCUAUAAAACAGGGGAAAGACCAGCAUUUCCCUGUCUACAUGAACAACAAGGAGGAUAUCCUGUGGUGUACAGAGAUGGAGAGAGUUUUUGGCUUCCCCGUCCAUUACACUGACGUGUCUAACAUGAGCCGUCUUGCCAGGCAAAGGCUUCUGGGAAGGUCAUGGAGCGUUCCCGUCAUACGGCACCUCUUUGCCCCGCUGAAGGAAUACUUUGCCUGCGUCUGAAACUCCGCCCACCAAGCAAAGUGACGGCUUCCCUCUCCUUCCUUAUCUGCGUAUUCAAUAAGCUCCGCCCUCUCGUGUUCGUUUUGCUGGUGGCCUGUGAAUGGCUGGUGCUAUUUAACUCACUAGACAGCCGCAUUUCAGAUAUUUAUUUUAAAACGUAAUCGAGUCCAGAUCUUUUUUUGUAUUUUAUUGUCUGUGGUUUUAGAUUAAGGUCAUGUUCCAGCUGUGACAACUCUCCCUCUCACACAAAACUGACAAGAGACAUUGUGCGAUUUGGAGUGUAUGUUUAUCAGAUGGAGUGUGCAAAGCGGUCGGUGAAAAUAUAGAGCACAAACUGCUGGGUAGGAACAGUCAGACGCUCUCUGAAUACUAAAUAGUGGAACCACAUAAGCCGUCUUGGACCCUAAAUCAAGUGUUACACAAUGUUCUAACCAGGUGCGACAGCUUUUAUACAUCGAGUCAUUUUUUAAUUCUCACAAAAAAACGCAAUGCUGCUGCGAAAGUCAAAACCAUAGCCAAUCAGAUUGACGCAGCAGUACGUGAAAAAUAUUACACUUUGCAUCAAGACCUAUUAAUUUCCAUAAAUUUCAUGACAGUUAUCCCCCAAAUUCUCUUUACUGUAGUGUGGGCAAAAGUACAUCAUGUUUGUUGUGUUGCCUUAAAUUGGUGCUUUAAUUGGUAAAUAAAUAAUUUUAAAAUAAUUAAUUUUUUUUAUAUAGUUAUUUUGUUAUAGUCAUACUGUUUUAAGGACCGUUCAUACUUUAACAAUAACGUUAUAUAUAUAUAGAUAGAUAAUUAUUUUAGUGUCCACUUCACCUGACGAUAACGAAAACGUUUUAUUGAUUUACUAUUCGCGUCUUUCCCUUGGCAUUGACUAAUAUUGUAGAUUUACUUUAAUAAUGAGUUUCAUGUAUCUCUAUUUUGUGUAAUCUAUCAUCUUAUCUACUUGUGUAGUUCAUGUGGUAGAAUAAAAACAUUAAGUAGUCAAUUUUACGAGAUAACCGAGUUAAAUUUGCGUUACAUUUUAGCAGCCUAAUAUAACUUUUAAAUAUCGUAUUUUUUAUCGUUAGGGUAUAGUUAUUCUUUUUAAUUUAGAACGAUUUGUAAAACUAUUGUAAUCGUCUAUAGUGUAAACAGCCUUUUAAGGUCGAAGUAUGGUCCAUUUUUUACUCGUACGCGAGGAUCCUCGUACAGUGCACGUGACGCAAUUUUCAUCAUCAGAAAAAUGCGCGUGUACGGCCAGAUUUAAAAAAACAACAUGCGUACAUUGUACGCAUGCGUCAAACGUCUGUGUACAUGUAUGAGUUAACUAUGCUUUGCAAGGCUGUGCGUUCGACCGUGCGUGUACGUUUGCGAACACGUAAAAACAGACUAUACUGUUUUAUAACAAUACAGUGAUGACAAUAUAAUGAAGCCUUAAAAAUAAUUGACAAUAAUGAAAUGACAAAAAAGGAUUUUUGGGGACUUGUCACUUUUUGUGUUUAAUAGUCAUGAAAAUAAUGCAGUUAAAAUGCAAAAUUAAUUGCAAUAGUCCUUGACUUGAUGUAAAAAAAAAAAAACUUAGAUGUGAUAGCUGGUGUCGUACCUGGUUAGGAUAUAGUGUGUCUGGAACAUGUACGCAAACAUUGAUUUUCACAUACAAACACAUACAGACACAAACUUCCUGUGAGAGAGAAGCUGUGCUUGAAUCAACAAUACACUGUUUACAGUAAAUAUACUCUUUUACGGUACUACUACUGGUUACUACGGUAACUGUUCAUUCACUCAACUUAACUAUGGUGCUGUCUCUCUCGCUCUCUCUCUCUCAGCAAUAUCAACACAAUGCACAGCCAUAUACGAGGCCUUUAAUGCUGGGAUCCUAUAGGGCACAUAUAGUGAGAGAGCUAUGUUACACAACACACACACACUUUGUUACACUCCCAAACACAUCUCACAAUGCGAACUUAAAGGUGAAGUGUGUAAUGUUUUUUUUAUGUUUAAGCUGCAAUCUGUAACUUUUGGCCCUCUGUCGCCAUCUCUGUUUGAAGUAUACAAUUGCAGUUAUUUCUUUAUUUGAGUGAGUUGAAGUGACAUUACUCAGACCAACAGCUCAGAUUAUGUGUCCAAUUACAGUAUGAGCAAAAAAGUUACAGAUUACAGCUUUAAAAUCUGUUAAGCUGUAAGAAACGAAAUCGAUACGUUUGAUUGUUCGGAAAAGUGUAAACACUGUGGCUCUGUGGUGCUAUCAAAACAUUGCUUUGUUUGUUCGCACAUCCCGACCAGUUGAAACCAGCUACACUGACCCAACCGAUUAUGUGAAUGUGGGGUGGGAACUGCCUGUUUAUUCGAGCAAUGGCAGGCGGGGGAGUGUUCAGGAAAAACCUCCUCGAAAACGUAAUUUUCGCAAUUGUGUUCGAAGCAUCUAGUGGGAGAGAAUUACACACGUCACCUUGAAACUUAAUUUUCUUCCUCUCUUGUCAUGUCUGCUGUCGUCUCUGAUGCAAUAUCUCCAGCAGAUAGACGCCAAAUCAAACCUUCCACAGAUAGAUACAGGUGGAAUUAUUUCCAGUGGAUCUUGCCGUUUUUACGGAAUGCUUUUCCAUAUACCACCACGUUUACUGUACAUUAUUGUGGGUGUUUGUGUGUGUGUUCAGUCAGGUAUCAGGGAUGUUGUGUAGUUUUUGACCCUGCAUGUGUUUCUACUGUUGGUGCAGUAAAUCAAUGGUGCCGCUGAAUUUCCAUGGUGCAGCUUCAUGGUGCUUUGUUUCCGUUUCCUGAUUGUGUACCGCAUUCGGUUGGGUUUAUCUUUCUCGCUGAACUGUGAAAAGGGCCGUCCGCACUGACUUUAAAUUAUAUGUUGGUGACUUGAGGUAGCAACAGGGAAUAAAAUAUUUUGGAAUUUGCUUUCUUUACAUUAGAAUCGAAUCGGCCGUGCCACAUGGGACGUUAAAUUGGGAUGGUAAACUUGUUUGGUAAAAUUGUCUUUUAUUAUAACCUAUAGAAGGACGAUUAACAAAAAAAAAAUUAAUUGUUGACGAACGUAAUGCUUUGUGUUUGGUGUAGACGCAGCAUAAUGGGGUGUACACACCAAAUGCGAAUUCAACGAUUUGCGCAAGUAGUUUACAUACAAAGUCAAUGCAAAGAAGCAAAUAGAUGCUAAUUCGCGCAUAUAGCACGCGAUAACACGUGCUAUUCGCUUCAAAUAUGUCUUUGCGCAAGUUGAAAAUAUUCAACUCAAGCGAAAAAUUUGCAUGACACGAAGUUAAAUCCCGUGAGUAAACUAGAGCGAGGAACGUGAUACUUUACAUUUGUUGUGAAUGAAGCAUAAUGGGGUGUACACACCAAACGUGAAUUCAACGAUUUGCGCAAGUAUUUUACGUACAAAGUCAAUGCAAAGACGCAAAUAGAUGCGAACUCGCACAUGACGAUGAGAAUGAAGAGAAUUGGGUGGUGCGAUUGCCACAAAAAAACACGUGCUAUUCGCCUCAAAUGUGUGUUUGCGGAAGUUAAAAAUAUUCAACUCAAGCAAGAAAUUAGCAUGACACGAAGUUAAAUCCCACGAGUAAUCUAGAGCAUGAUACUUCACAUUUGUUGUGUACGCAAUAUAAUGCGGCUUACACAACAAACACGAAUUCAACGAUUUGCGCAAGUAGAUUACAUAAAGAGUCAAUGCAAAGACGCAAAUAGAUGCGAACUUGCGCGUGGCGAUGCGAAUUAAGCAAAUUGGGUGGUGCGAUUGCCGCAAUUUGCCUCAAAUGUGUCUUUGCGCAAGUUAAAAAUAUUCAACUCAAGCUAAAAAAUUGCAUGACAAGAAGUUAAAUCCCGUGAGUAAUUUAGAGCGAGGAACAUGAUACUUCACAUUUGUUGUGUACGCAGUAUAAUGCAGCGUACACAUCAAACGUGAAUUCAAUGAUUUGCACAAGUAGAUUACAUAGAAAGUGAAUGCAAAGAUGCAAAUAGAUGCGAACUCGCACAUGGUGAUGCGAAUGAAGUGAAUUGGGUUGUGCGAUUUUCGUGAAAACACAUGCAAUUCGCCUUAAACAUGUCUUUGCGCAAGUUGAAAAUAUUCAACUCAAGCUAAAAAAAAUAGAAUGACACGAAGUUAAAUCCGGGGAGUAAUCUAGAGCAAAGAACAUGAUAUACUUCACAUUUGUUAUUCAGAGUACACACCAAAUGCAAAUUCAACAAUUUGCGCAAGUAGAUUACAUACAAAGUCAAUGCAAAGACGCAAAUAGAUGGAAACUCGCGCAUGGCCACAAAUGAAGCAAAUUGGGUGGUGCAAUUGCAGUGAAAACACAUGUUAUUUGCCUCAAAUGUGUCUUUGCGCAAGUUAAAAAUAUUCAACUCAAGCGAAAAAUUUGCAUGACAGGAAGUUAAAUCCUGUGAGUAAUCUAGAGCGAGGAACAUGACACUUCACUUUUGUAAUGCGGCGUACACACCAAAUGCGAAUUCAACGAUUUGCGCAAGUAGAUUACAUACAAAGUCAAUGCAAAGACGCAAAUAGAUGCGAACUCACGCGUGGCGAUGCAAAUAAAGCGAAUUUGGUGAUGCGAUUGCUGUGAAAACACGUGAUAUUCGCCUUAAAUGUGUCUUUGCGCAAGUUAAAAAAUAUUCAACUCAAGGAAGGUCAAGCAUUUGCAUGACACGAAGUUAAAUCCCGUGAGUAAUCUAGAGCGAGGAACGUGAUAUAAUGUGGCGUACACACCAAACGCGAAUUCAACGAUUUGCAUAAGUAGAUUACAAACAAAGUCAAUGCAAAGACGCAAAUAGACGCAAACUCGAAUUGGGCAGUGCGAUUGCAGCAAAAACGCGUGCUAUUGACCUCAAACAUAUUGAAAGUUAUGUUGAAAAUAUUCAAAUUAAAUAAAAUUCUUUUUUCCAAUUUUACCAAUUUGUUUCAAAAAUUGUAUUCAUUUGAAUUUUUUAUCAAACAAAUAUGUUAUAUUUCCUUAAAAAAAAAAAAACCAUGAAUUACAGUUUUGAAUCCUGUUUGCUACCUCAUUUCAAAUUCAUUAUAAAUGGUGCACAACCCAGUAAAAAUGCAAUGCUGCCAUUGGGAUGCCAUCAGUGUGGACGCCCUUUAGGAUCAGACCGUUUUCUGGACCACAUGCUAAUGCUACACACUGACUAGCGCUAUGAAUCCAUCAUUCUGUGGUUGUGGGUUUUGAUAGUCUAAUAUAUUCUGUGCUCCUCGCUCAGGAUUCUGGGAAAGUGGCCCAUCUGUGUGAUGUCGAACGCUGGUCACAUGGUGCUACCAGAAUUCCUCACCACUGCGGUGAGCGUGGCCUACAGUAUUUUGGUGUGAAAUUUCACAUUUGGAUUACACACAAACUGGAUUACUGUACAUUUCUACUAUCAGUGCUGUUUAAUAAUCUAAAGUAAACAGGACUCUGGUGCUGACAGAGAUGGUCAUUCUUCAAAAUCGAGGAAUUUUGUAUGAAUUCGCUUUUAUUUAAUUGGCCCUCGUUCGAGGGGAGAGUUUAUAAAGACCACAUAUACACCAGAUAAGGAAGCAAGUACGGUUUUUGCUUUAUCAUUGCUUCGAUAUAUUCAAGUUCAAGUUCAUUUUAUUUGUUAAGCGCUUUAAAAAAGGUUGGAACCUACCAAAGUGCUGUACAUAGUCAGGCAUACAGUAAAAACAUACUAGUAAGGCAUAGAACUUAAAACACGCGACAACACAAAUUAACAGGCAGGAUAUAUAUCCAGCUCAUUAAAGUCGCAGAGUUUUCUUUACCAGGAUUCAGAGCUGAAUGGUUAUAUUACAGUGGAUGAGAUGUUGAAAUAGCUUUUGGUCCACAGAUUGCAGUAAAAUUUAUUUGUCAUUUAAUGGUUAACGAACAUUUAGGAUGUUUAAAUUUGAAAUGCAUUAUAUUACAAUAAUAUAGACAUGUGUCAUAAACGGUGUUUCACUUCUGCAGACGAUCCCAGAUUGCUUUUGUAUCGGUGCACGAUAUUCACAUGAUUUGCACCAUAGGCUGUCAUUUGGAGUCAGGUGUACAACCAAAUAAAAACAUCCAUCAUUGCUUAAACAUGUUUUGUUGAGAAACAAUUUAGUCGAUAACCGGUGUUUUAAAUGCAGGAUGUUUUCUUGUUUCGCAGAAUCUUUGUGCUGGGUCGAACCGCUCGUAGCCUUAGAGUCUGUUUGUGUUUGUUUGGUGAAGGUUUUGGUGAAUCCUGUAAUGCAACGUGAGGUUUGAUUGUUAAUAGUCAAGACUUCGGUGGUAGAUAAAUUGUACAUAGAUAAGUUUGCCUCUUUUUUAGCAUUUUAUUACGUAUUUUGUGGUGUUUUCAAAUUCAUUUAAAGUAAUUCUGGCGUGAUUUUUGGCUAGUGUAUGAUUAAAUGCAUGGCUGUUAAUAAAAGGUUGGGGUCAAAGGCGGAGCUUUGAGCCAGUGAUGUCAUAGGGUGUGUCCGUGAACUCAUCGACCACAGAAUUCUAUUUAUGAACUGUCGAAGAUUGACAAGUGAUGAAUUUGAGAGCUAACCAAUAACCUGUUGUCAGCUUUAAAGGAGGCGGGGUUAUGCGUGAGGUUAUCUUUAAACGAGUCGUUGAAGUGAAGGCGUUUCAAAAAGGUGCUAUACAAUUUAUUCUUAAAUAAUUCAUAAGAAAAGAAUGAAGUGAAACUAUAUCGUAAGGAAUUUAGAUUCGACUGGUCUUGACGAUGACUGUUUUUAUGUUGUGUAGUCUUGAAAAAGCACUAUUAUUUUACUCUUUUAUGAAUAUAUUAACAAAUGCAUUUUAACUUUGUAUUGAUAAAAUGUAAAAGUAAAAAAAGAAUAAAAAUGUACAGAAUCAUGUGUUUAGCCUAGACAUUACUGUAGUAUGUGCCUCUCCGUAAAAAUUCAUACUGUAUUCAUAUCCUUCCUUCGAGUCAUGUCGGAAUGAUCGUAUUUACGAGAUGAGCGCGUGUGAACGCCACCACAACGCCAUAAUUAAUAUUCAGAAAAUGCUGGAUUUUUUUAAAAGACCAAAUUUGCUGAAUUAUGGGUGUGUUCAUUGAAUAAUCACUAUAAAUGUUGACGUUUGUCAUCAUUCUUUGUACCAGUACAAGAAUCUUAUAAGUCACACUUAAUGUGCUCUUCAUUUUGUUGCAUUAUCAAUAAAAAUGAUAUUAAAACAUGAAAUUGUCAACGCACCAAAAGGUUAUUCUGACCAAAAUCACUCAAACGCGCGCCAUACAUCGUAACUACGACUUCCGGCCUUGCAACUUCCCAGGAGGUUGAAAUACUGAACACUGUUACGUAACUGCUUGAAAUUGAUGGCAAAACUACAUUACCCAGCAUUCCUUUCUACAAACUCCCUCCAUGUACUCUUGCUACAGUCAGACUGUAAUGUUUUUUUAUAUAUAUGAUUGUUGUUGCAUCAAUAUUUAUUGCCUACAGCCUCGUCCAUUUUAGUGUCACUGGGGUCUCUAUUUCUCACUUGUACACUUAAACCCAAUCUCAAUUUUCUUUAUCACACAUUUUCUCUCUCUCUCAUUCAGUGUGACUGUAGUUCUGUUGUAUUUUGAUGGUCUUUAGGGUGUAAAGUAGCAACUCCUUCCAUUACUCUCUCUGUACGCAGUGAAAGGCGAAGAAGCUGAAAAUAUGGCUUCUUUCCUGUGCACUUGUGCUGGGGAACACUUGAAAUAAACGUACUGUUUUCGUGCUAAACAUAA